UUGAAACGUCAGUUAGCGUUAGCGGUAAUCGCUUUGUCAAUUUUGAGGUUACUGGGUAGUUGUACUGUAGGAUGCUUGAAAACUAGUAAACAAAUAUGGAAAACGCUAACAAAUCGAAUAUGGAAGAAAAUGACAAAGAAGAUGGUGUGGAAUUAAUCGAAAUCAACGUAGUAAACAAUGAUGACAAAGCGGAACCUAAAACGGUGAAAGAUUUGUUUUCAGAUUUCAAAGCUUCAGACGAAUCUGAUUAUGAACCCAAUGAUCAUGAUGCUACUGAUACAGAUUCAGAUGCACCUCUUUCUAAACGGAUGAAGACAAAAAAGAAGAGAAGCUCUAAAAGGGACCUACUGGAUAACAGUUUGGAUGACUCUAAAAAGAAGAAACAUUAUGUACAGAAAUACAAGAAAGAGUGGGAAACAAUCCCAUCUGUUAGGCCUUGGAUUUCUGAGAGUAUACAUGGUGCACACUAUUUUUACUGCAGGUUCUGCAAAAAGGAUUACAAAUGUGGAAAGACUGAGAUUUUCAAGCAUAUGAGUGCUAUGAAACACAAGAAACAUUUGACCAGUACUAGCCAGUCUGCACAGAAUAAAUUUAUGUUCAGAGGCCUCCUAUGUCCUGUAAUAACUCCUUUUGUGAAAUCAAGGAACAAAGAAGUGAAUUUCAAAUUGAUUGGUCCAUAUGCAAAAUUUCUGAAAGCAUGUGGAGUGAAAGGAAUAUUAUUGAAUGAUGUAGCAGGUGAAGGCAUGUCUUUAACAACUGAUGAAAGAAAACAGCUAUUGGAAUUCUGGUCUGAUAUUUGCAAGGAAAAAAAUCAGUUCUUGAUGGUGCAAGUGGGAGGAGCUCCACUCAAAAGUGUUAUAGACAUGGCUAUUCAUGCUGAAAGACUCAAAGUAGGUGCCAUAGUUUUGAUGGCAGAUUUAUACCACAGGCCAAAAAAUCAUCUGGAUCUCAUAAGAUAUAUCAAAAUCAUAUCAGAUUAUACAGACAAAGUACCAAUAUUGUACCACCAUUACCCAAAAUAUACCCAGUUGUAUGACAUUGACAUGUCUGCAUUCCUGCUGGACAUAACUGGAGAAAUAGAAAGCUUUGUUGGGGUUAUCUAUAGUACAAAUGAUCUACAGGAUGGUCUCACUGCUCUUACUCUCAAUCCAGAAAAGUAUGUGGUCUUCAUGGGUACUGAUGAGGUUAUGUUAGGUGCUGUAGCUAGUGGAUUCACUUGCAUAAUGGGAAACAGUAUUAACAUCUUGCCAAAACUGGCUGAAUCUAUAUGCCAGUGCAUAAAAGAUGGGGAGAUCAAGAGUGCCCAGGCCUCCCAGAAUUUAUUGAAGAAAGCUAUAGAUGGUAUCUAUGGAAAUGGUGAUAUGGUAGCUUGUUUGAAAGCAGCCAUUGGUAUAAUGACUAACCUUCCAGUGGAUACAGUGAGGGAACCUCUACAGACCUUAUGGGAUGGAACUGUAGUGAAAAUGAAGAAUAAACUACAUGAAAUUGGGAUCAUAUAACUUUUUUUUUACAAUAAUUAUUUAAUGUUUAACAUUAUAUUGUCCCCGAAUAUAGUAUGUAAAUUUCCAGAAUAUUUCUUUCUACUUUUCAUAUUCCCAAAUUUAUUGUAAAUAAAAACGUUUUGAGAUA